UCCGCCAUUUUGCACUCCAGCGUUGCAUAUGCCGAGUGGUCGCCCGACUAUUUGUAGUACUCUACGUUUUUUUUUGCAUCAAGCAAAUAAAUAUAAUGCUCUCAUAUUUUAAAGUGCAUUAAGCGAACCGCGAAGAGUCUAACAACUGUAUACUGUGAACUGUUUACAAGCGAUUACGCAUGUGUUACGUACUGCCAACGCCGUCUUAUCAUCAGAAUCAACGCGGCCGCCAUAAAACUGGCUACCAAAUUGCAAGGUUUUAGCAAAUCAAUAGGAAAGAGCAUCAGGAGCCGCAGAAGAGGUAGUCGGCGUGUUUGCCAAGACUUUUCAAUAUGAGUUUUUCCAGCGACGAGGUGAACUUUUUGGUUUUCCGAUAUCUGCAGGAGUCAGGUUUUCUGCAUUCGGCGUAUGUGUUUGGAAUCGAGUCACACAUCUCGCAAAGUAAUAUUAAUGGAGCCCUAGUGCCACCAGCUGCCCUGCUCACCAUAUUGCAGAAGGGUCUGCUAUACACAGAGGUGGAGUGGAGUGUGGGCGAAGAUGGUGAGGUGGCGCGACCCAUUGAAGGACUCAGUCUGAUAGAUGCUGUCAUGCCGGAGGUGAAACCGCUCAAGCCGAUAGUCAAAACAGAGCCGGGCAAACCGGGUGCUGUGGAUGCCAACACGCCGGCCAAUGCGGCCAAUGCGAACAGCAAUGCAAAAACUGAGAUUAAAAUUGAGCCGGGAACAGGCAAUUCGGCGGCGAAUGCCGGUGGCAAGGGAGCCAAUGCCAACACGGGCACCAGCACACCCACCGGCAGCAGCAGCGCCGACACCAGUGAGGUGGAUUCCAGUGGCAAUACAGCAUCCAACAACAAUGCCGCUGCCAGUGGCACCAACAAUGCCAGCGGCACAGCAGCCGGCGCAGCCACCAACUCGGCGACAGCGGCGGCCAGCACGAACGCGGACACCGCUGCUGGAGCAGGAGCUGCGGGCGCUAACAAAAAGGCGGGCGUCAAUGAGACUGGAGCUGCCAGCAGCACGGCAUAUCCAAAUACAACUAGCACAGAUGAUGCUGCCUCGUCCACGUCCACAAAUGGCAAUAGCAGUAAUUCCAGCAGCGUGGAACAACCGGCGUCAGGUGUUACUCCCGCAGUACCCGCCGCCAACAAUGCGGAAGCCGGUGCAACAGCGGCAGGCGCUGCAGCAUCGGGCGCUAAAGCGCCCAGUGGCGCAGGCGGUGCGGCGGCAACACGAGUGGGCGCUCAGGGAAAUAAUGUGCAGACCACGUGCCCGACGUCUGCUCAAAGCGCGGUGCCCAGCAGCACGACAUCCGGUAAUGGAGGAGGUGGCGGCGGCGGCGGUGGUGGUGGUGGCACCACCGCUGGCACACCUGGCAGCACCGUUGUAGAGGCGAUGGACAUUGAUCAGAGCAUUGAGAUACCUGAAUCGAAAGCGCGCGUUCUGCGUGGCCACGAAAGUGAAGUGUUCAUCUGCGCCUGGAAUCCCAGCCGGGAUCUGUUGGCCAGUGGCUCUGGCGACAGCACUGCUCGUAUUUGGGACAUGUCCGAUGCAAAUGCCAACUCUAGUCAGCUGGUGUUGCGACAUUGCAUACAGAAAGGAGGUGCUGAGGUGCCCAGCAAUAAGGAUGUCACAUCGUUGGACUGGAAUUGCAACGGCUCGCUUUUGGCCACCGGCAGUUACGAUGGCUACGCGCGCAUUUGGAAUACAGAAGGCGGCUUGGCCUCCACAUUGGGCCAGCACAAGGGGCCCAUCUUUGCGCUUAAAUGGAACAAAUGCGGCAAUUACAUUUUGUCUGCGGGCGUGGAUAAAACCACAAUUAUCUGGGACGCAUCCACAGGCCAGUGCACACAACAGUUUGCGUUCCACAGUGCGCCGGCACUGGACGUCGACUGGCAAUCUAAUCAGUCGUUUGCCUCGUGCAGUACGGAUCAGAGGAUACACGUGUGCCGGUUAGGCAUGAACGAACCGAUAAAAACGUUCCGUGGUCACACGAACGAAGUCAAUGCAAUCAAAUGGUGUCCGCAGGGCCAGUUAUUGGCCUCUUGCUCGGACGACAUGACACUCAAAAUCUGGAGUAUGACGCGCGAUCGUUGCUGUCAUGAUCUGCAAGCGCAUUCCAAGGAGAUCUACACGAUAAAAUGGUCACCCACCGGACCCGGCACCAAUAAUCCGAAUACGAAUCUUAUUCUCGCCUCGGCCUCAUUCGAUUCGACGGUCCGUCUGUGGGACGUGGAGCGUGGCAGUUGCAUACAUACGCUAACCAAGCACACAGAACCCGUCUAUUCCGUGGCCUUCAGUCCGGAUGGCAAGCAUCUGGCGUCGGGCAGCUUCGACAAGUGCGUGCACAUCUGGAGCACGCAGACGGGACAGCUGGUGCACAGCUAUAAGGGAACCGGUGGCAUUUUCGAGGUGUGCUGGAAUUCCAAGGGCACCAAAGUGGGCGCCAGUGCAUCGGAUGGCAGCGUAUUUGUCCUUGAUCUGAGAAAGUUCUGAUCUGCAGCAGUCCCAUUCGAUACAUCUGCCAGCAACUCUCAGCACCAUUUAAGUUAUGUAUAUUGAACCUUAAAUUCUAAUGUGUUUCCCGCUUCUGUUUUUGAAUGUUUACUUCAAUGUUCCAUCAUCCACGGUCCUUCAAUGAGUUUCUAGUGUCGCCCAAUUUCAAUUCGAUAUAGUUUCUGUGCUCUGGAACUGUGGUUCGUGGGCGUCGUAAACCGAGUUUGCGCCACAAUCGCAACCAGCUGCAGGAAAUGCGCUUUUAAUUUAGCCGUAAGCUCCAUAUGUUUCUAAGUUUUUUUUAUACAGAAAAAAACCCGUUUAGUAUAACACGAUGCAUUUUGUUAUUUUCUAUACAAUCAACGCAGUAUAAUGGUCCAGUCCCCAAUUAAGUC